UAGGAAUCUGGCUUUUUCCACCCCUCUCCGUCUUUCUUUGCUCACUGCUCCCCCUACCCCACGUACAAGCCAAAGAAAGUUUUUCUCAGAAUGAGCCUGCGUUGACGUAGGCAUCGCCUCCCCUCUCCGCUGGAUAGAAGCCCAGAAAGGAGCCACGGGGAGAAGCGGAGGUAGGGGUCGCCUGGAUUCCUGUUGCUGCGGUCCGGGGGCGGGGCGGAUCAAAGGCCAGCCAAGAGUAUUGGUCCUGGAUCUACAAAUACAUCAGGCUUUUUCCUCCUCCGUCAACCUCCUAAAUCCCAAUGAGGUCAUAGCAAUGAGAGAGAAUCAGCUGGAGAGAGAGGGGGAGGAAGAAGACGACGACGAGGGAGAAGAAACCCAGACGGAAAGAGGCCAUCAGACAAGGUCGCUUUUUCUGGUGACAUAGCAACUGCAAGGAGUGUGGUACUGAAUAUCAUCCGCCCGCUCUGCCUGGGGAUCCAGAGACUUGCAGAAGCACUUUGCAUUGCCACGAAAACAAAGGCGAGACGAAAGGGAGAGGGAGAGAGAAGCUCGGAGCAGUUCCCUUUGGGUCUCCGGGAAGCAAAGCUCCUCUCCUCGGCAAUGAAACAGAAGGGACCGUGUGAAAGGGUCUGGUAGGCUGAGGAGGGGGCGGGUUUCCCUGCGGAGAUUUGGGACGCGACAGAACUCUGGACAGCGCCUGGGGAGCAGGGCUCGAAGCUCCCUUGGUUACUCCAGGUUUCCGGCUCCUUAAAAGCCCUGGUACUGGUGUGCAAUCUUCGCACCACCGAACCGAACCCAGGAAGAUCCUUCUACGAUCCCUAUCUGAACGUGCCAGGGGGUGGAGCAGCUCCUUUGCCUCUGGUUCAGCCAGGGAAGGUGUUCGUUUCUGGAAAUCCAGCCCUUGUGGAUAAUGCUUCGCUCUUGAAGAAAAGUUUUGGGAUCUGGUAGGGGGUGGAGGGGUAAGGAGGAUAGUGGAAGAAAAAAAGAUAGAUGGUUGGUUUCUCUCCCUGAUCUGGAAGGAAGAUGACCGAGGAAGGAUGUGCACCAGCGGUCAGAUUAUCGGGAGCCUCUUGGUGCUUUCCGUGCUGGAGAUAGGGCUGGGGGUGUCCAGUGUGGCCGUGGGGGCAGUCAGCUUCAGCCUGGCCCUCCGAGAGCACAAGCCGCAGCUCGGAGACUCGUCCCCGUUUCUUCUUUGUGGCAUUUGUGGAAUAUUGUGCGCCAAAAAAAAAUCAGGACUUGUCAUGAUCCUCUUUUCAGCCUGCUGUAUCUGUGGACUCAUUGGGGGCAUCCUGAAUUUUCAGUUCCUCCGGGCAGUCACAAAGAAAACUUCCUCCCUAUACCCUCUGCACGUUGCCUCCAUGUCUCUCGCGUGCAUUGGGAUCGGGGGUUGCACGCUCUCUUCCUGGCUCACUUGUCGACUAGCCAGUUAUGAACAGAGGAGGAUGUUCUCAGAAAGGGAGCAUUCCCUGCAUCACUCUCAUGAAAUGGCUGAGAAAGAAAUGACAGACAACAUGAGCAAUGGAGGACCACAGCUGAUAUUUAAUGGAAGAAUAUAAUCAAUGUUUUAAAGAAUUGAACACUUUUUAGGAUUUUCAUGAGGCAAUGAGACACCAAAGGACUAGAAAAUAAAACAGUUUUUGCAUUUGCAUUUAUUUCUCCUGAGCAUCCACUAAAAUUAUUCUUCCUAAAAAAUAUAUUGCCUCACUGGUUUCUCCACCCUUUUUCAUGGGGUAAAAAACUUUCCAGAAACAUUCUAAUACAAUAAUUUCAAGAGGCUUUCCAGAUUGUUUCCUUUUCAGGAAAAAGAAAUAAUAAAACAAAUAAAAUGCAUAUUCUAUACAAACACUAUUUGACUAGCAUGAUUAUUAGAUUUGUAAUGACAUAUUUCAUAUGAGUAAUUGAAAAGUGCAAAUAUCAAGAAAUAAAAAUAACUUACUGAUGUCUUUGUUUUGAAAGACAGAUGGCUUCAAGGAUGUCACAAUUCAAAACCUCAGUAAUGCCUUGUUAUAAAAACAUUGUAAUUAUUUUCAACUUGUUAAUGAAAUAUAUUUCAUAAUUUAUUUGUAAAGGACGAAAAACCUCAAGCAUAAAAAAGAGACUUUUUAGAGAGAGAGAAUACUAAUCUAUAUGGUAUUUUUGCACAAAGAGUGAAAAGUUAUAUGUGAAUAUCAUUUAAGAAAAUAAACAUGUUUUGAUCAUACUGUGCAGAUUGAUCUGCAUGUUCAUGAAUGAGCCUAAGAAUAAAGGAUGUGUGUGAAUGUGUGUAUAUAUACUGUAAAUAUACAACAUGUAUACAGCAUAUAUUAUAGCAUACAUGAAUGUAAAUAGGUAUUAGGAAAGCAAUUGUGAUGCUGUGGGGGUAUUAUUAAGAUUCUACUCCAAUAGAAAUGAGAAGGCAAUUGCUCAAGGCUCUUCUAUGCCCACAAAAUCACAUGUUUAAUUUCUACUAAACUUGCCCAUUUUUCUUCUUUUUAUUAGGUUUGUUUUGUGUAAAUAUCAUUGUGGCUGAUACUUAUGAAGAUGAGUGAUCUGAAUAGUGUAGUAUAUAGAUAGAUUACUUAUUUUACUGUUUCACUAUGAUUAUAGUACUUAUGUAUAGCAAUUAAAAUUAAUUUAUAAAUUAACAUGAUUUUAAUGACAUACUUCCAUAUUUAUAAAGACAUCAUGACUUAAAAUUGUUGAUGGUAUUGAUAUUUCAAACACCUUGCAGUCCAAUUAAAUGAUACAAAAGGGCAGAUGAUGUAACCCCCCAACAAUGAAGUUAUAAUUACCUUUGCUAUAAUUUAAUUUAGGCGUUUUGUUUUACAAUUUUCAUGAAAUAAUAUAGGCAGUCCACAUAUAAGAAAGCGUAUAUCCAAAGAUCCUGAAAUAAUUCUUUGUGGAAAAAGUAAAAAAAUAGGCUAAUAUUUAUAUAGCUAUGUUCAUUCCUUUCCUGUAAUAAUGGAAUGUUAAAAUAGCAAACAAGAACAACACAUAUACGUGAAAAAACAACAUAUAUCUGAAUAUAUUUAUGAGAAUAUAACCUGUGGCAACAGGCAAAGAAAUCUAUUAUUUUUAAGUACAUAACUCUCACUAUAUUGUAUACUUUUCUUUCUCCCCAAAUCUAGUCAAUUUUCAAGUCAUUUUUUAUGAGUUACUUAUUGAACCAUAGGUAAAUUAAAAUAUUUAGUACCCAGUAUGAGAAUAUGAUUUAUAAACAAAACAUGAGUUUUAAUUGUGCUAACACAGUAAUAAUGAUACAAGUUAAUGAAAAUUUGAAGGUCUUUUAUUUUAUAGCAACAUGAUCAUCAUGUAACCUAUGUAAAUCAGCUCACUAAAAAUUCUGGCUGUCAUCUAUUCAACAGAAAUAACGGGACUCUGCUUUUUUGGUGUAGUUUUUGAAGUCUCCCAAUGCCUUUGGAUAACUUCAUUGCCUAGUAUAUUACAGAAGCUGUCCAUAAAUGCAACCUCACAUAGUGAAUCAACAUCAUAACUGUUCAUUCAGUGCCACAAACAGGCAUGAUCUUUGCCAAUAAAAAUCUAAAUUACAUCAUGAACAUGUUUGUGUGUGUAUGGUCCUACUGAAUUCACGCAAGAAUGUAGUUUUGUACUGCAAGAAUAAACACUGACUCUAAUUUUCUGUAGCAUUUCUCUAUAAACAUGUUUGUACAAUACAAAAUUAUAAUACAUCAGAAAAAUGUUGUAAUGUCUUUUGAACUGAUUUAUAACAUAACACAUUAAAGGGCAAAAGAAGGCAUAUCACUGCUUUGAUGUAUAGUUAAAAAGAGAUGCAAUCAUCACAAUUAUUCAAAUAGUUUACAGUGUAUGUUUAACCAAGUAUAGAUAUAUUUUUAAAUAUGAUCAUUUCUACCUAGUGUUUUCAGAGUUGAGUUUAGAAUGAUUUACUUGGGAUGUGCAGUGAUUCUUUUUUAGAUAAGUGGGGGAUGUUAGAAAGAUAUUGUUUAAGUGCUUGAAAAUUUAAUUUGGACAAUACAUUGAACCACAUGCUGGAAUGUUUUAAGUGACUACCUUAUAGUUUUAGUAUGAGCCUACCCUUGGAAGAAAGCAAGGUGAUACUAAAUUAGAAAAAAUAUGUGAAACUGGUGUGGUGGUAUGCUUUGGACCAUAUCAAAUAGGGAGAGGUAUCAUAAGCAUAACAGAAUACAAUUGGGCUCUCUUUGGAAAUUUUAAACAUGUAUGUGUAUGUGUGUAUAUAUAUUCACAUAUGUGCAUAUGUAUAUGUAUAUAUACAUACACACGAUGGUUUGGAAAUGGAACAUGAUAUGACAACUCUACUGACAUGUCUAUAAUAAAAUGAUGUGCUUUGAAACUA